AUGCCUCCCGACGCCGUUGACUUCUACAACGGCUUCAAGCAGUCGCCCUCCAGCGAAUUUCGAACUCUCAGCGAAAGGGUGACCUUCGUAGACUCAUUCUGGGAUGGACUGCAAUUGGCCGAGACUUCCAAUUCAGCCUACAUGUACGAGCGACGCUUCAUGGAGCUGAUGAUAGCCCGUCACUUUACACCCCUCCAGUCAUCCAGCCACCUUUACGUUGCGCGCCAAAAUGUGUGGCCCGGUUAUUCGGCUUGGCCCAUCAUACGGGACGCCCCUUUCAAGCCUGUCAUAGACCGAUGCAUCCAGGCUUUUAAUGAGGCUGGCUUGAUCGAGAAAUGGGGUGACAUGGUCGUCGAGGAUGCUCGCCGAAUCAGCCGACAGAAGAAGCGUCUUCAGCAGCAACAGCAGGAAGGAGAAACUGGGGUGGGAGACGACAAGGAAAUUGAAGAAAAAGAAGAAGAAGAAGAAGCGAAGAGCGACCAACGCACAGAAGCAAGUCAGGCUUUGACCAUCGUCCACAUGCAAGGUCCGCUGUUCUUGCUGUUGCUGGGGCUCGCGGUUGCUGGCUCGGUGUUCGCUGUGGAGGUGACGCUGCACGCUUGGUUCGUGCAGCGCUAAACUGUGGAAGACGAAGAAAUGUGGAUAAAAUCAACGGACACAGUCGCUCAGAAACACGUUAUAUUUCCUCGAGAAGCAAAUUAAGUAAAUAAA